CGGAGUCUGCAGGAUCAGGAGGUCUCGCGAGACCUCUAGCCAGGUAUAAGGUCAAGGCAGUGAUAGUGUUAAUUUAGAAGCAGAGAAAAGCGUUGUCAGAAGAAGCGAGGGAGAGGAAAUGACUGUGUGACCGAGCGAGGGGCCACACAUGAGUAAAUGUCGGACCAGGUUUUUUUUCAAAUGGCGAGAAUUGAUGAGCUUUCACAUCAGUGAGGAUAAAGAGGUAGAUGUUUACGAUGGUGUCGUAAAAAAUAUGUCCUCCUGUAACUGUAGGGGGAGCUCCGUAGAGAAAAAUGCACAAAAAGCAACCAUAUAUGCAAAGUUACACUAUCGGAUAUGGGCAAACAUGCCAAGAUGCACAUUUGGGUGCAGGGGUAAAAAUUUAUAUGCUGUAUAUCGAUAUCUAUAUCAGUUAUCGGCCCAAGCAAUACCGAUAUAUGGGCAUUUCGGAUACCGGCAAAAAGUCGUAAUAUCGUACAACAGCAACAUUUAGUGUUGAAAAUGGCUACUGCAGUCCUUAUUGGAAUCGUAGAAAAAAAAGCAUCCCCAAAAUUUGUGAAUAAUAGACACGGAUGUGUGGACAACCUAAGUCCUCGCAGAAAUUCAGCACAAAUUCGAAACAACCAACCUGUAUUUGAUUUUUGAGUGUUUUUGUGAGUGUAAGAUGUAGCUUUCUUGCAUUGUUUAAUCUACUGUUGAUUGUAUAUAUUUUAUCUAAAAUUGUUUUUCCUUAAUCUUCUUAAUCUGAGUGUUGUUAAAUUCUGAAGGAGUACAGUUAACGCAUUUGAACGCCACACGAUCGUAUAACCUGAAAUUCCGACGUUUUUCACUAGGCACGAACGCAGCAGAGUGACGUCACCGAUGGUGGAGGGAAGUUUGGUUUUGUCACUGUCGACUUCAUGUUCUCUCUGCUAAUGCUAACGCUGUUGCGUAAACUAAGCGUAUUCUUCACGAGCUUGUGUUUUUAACAGUUUAGUUUAAAUAUCUAUCUUUAGUUUAAUGAGUGACACGAAGUCGUUAUCGCGCUGUUGUUUCAUAUCAGGCUUGUUAGCGUUAGCUAAGGAAGUACCUGUCUUCGCUGUAACCGGAGGUAAACGAUGGAGAGUUCAAUGACCAGAGAAAACCCGUUAUUUUUACCUCUCAACAGAGAGAAAACGGUCUACGAUGGGUUCGUCACAGUCCAGGAACAAGACUUCAGAUUGAGAUUACAGCUGCCACCAGAUCGACAACUCAAACGGGCAAAGCUGCACUGCAGCUGGCAGUUGAGACACCUGUUGCGUGGAUCUGAACAUAUAGUGAAGCAGAGGCUGCAGCAGUCGGCCGAUCUGGACAGUUUCCUAAUGGAGCUGAAGACCGUCCUGGAAGUGGCUGUGAAGGGCGGCCCUGAGUGCACCUCCAUCCCGCCUCCCCAGUAUUACUCGCAGCUCAUCUCAGAGAUGGAGACCCUCGGCUGGAACAAACUGCUUUUCAUAGACACAGAGUUCCGAACACUAAGACUGGCUGCGCAGGACUCCACUGGAAGGCAGCAUACCCUCACUAUUAAACUCAAGUCUAAGCAUCCAGCAGAGGCUCCUGAAUGCACUGCUGACCUGCCACUACCUCUGCUCGUAACAUGGACGCCACAGACGACUCUGGAACAGCUUCACAAGCAGUUCCUUCUGGUCUUGGAUUCCUUGACCGAGUUCUGGGACGUCCUGGACGAGAUCGACGGCAACACCUGGAUCCUGGAGCCGGAGAAACCGAGUCGCUCCGACACCAUGAGGCGGAUCGUGAUUGGAAACAACGUGUCCAUCAAAGUGGACAUGGAUCCCCGACACCCGAAGAUGCUGCCGGAGUGCUGCCUGCUGGGAGCUGAGCACGUGGUGACUCCUCUGAGGAAUAAACUCAACAGCAACAUGCACCUGUGGAACCCGGAAUCCAGCGUCUUGUGCAACCUCCGGGAUGUUUUGGAGAUUGAAUUCCCGUCACCUGCCACCCACGAAAAAUCUGAUUUCAGCACCGAGUGUGGCAUUUGUUACUCGUAUCGUCUCGAAGGUGCAAUCCCUGACCAGGUGUGUAACGACCCUCGCUGUGGUCAACCCUUCCACCAGGCCUGUUUGUAUGAGUGGCUGCGAGCGCUGCCCUCCAGCAGACAGAGCUUCAGUGUGGUGUUUGGAGAGUGUCCUUACUGCAGCAAGCCCAUCACUGUGAAAAUGUCCACCCACACGUCCUGAGGAGAGACGACGUCAGUAGAACGCCUGCGACAAUCUCCCGACAAACAAACCCCCGAAGAAAAGCGAGGCGCCCACGAAAACCAGCCAGUGGAAGUGUC